UGGCUAACAAGAUUACGACUAACGAGUAAAUAAUCAUUCCUUCGGUCCUUCCUCUAAAAUGCCGUUGGUGAUCGUUUAUAAAUAGGGGAAAUAGGAAAAGGGAAGAAAGUAGACGUGGCAAAUAGCGAAACAAUGAUUGAGCUAUAACAAAGGCGAAACUUGAGCGGCACUAAUUGAAAAUCACUCCUUGUUUUUUUGAAGAAAAAGUAAGAUGUAGGGCUGAGAAUUCGUCUAUGUGAUCCAACGGUUUUAAAAUGAUCCUUGUUCCUUCCUCUCCUAUUUAUCUGAAGGACGAAGUCCCCACGCUGCACAUAACCGGGGCACUUAACGUAUAGAUCAUAAACAAAGAAGAAGAAAAAAAAUAAGAAAAGAAGAAGAAGAUGUCGUGGCAAACUUACGUUGAUGAGCAUUUGAUGUGUGAUGUUGGCGAUGGUCAAGGACACCACCUUACUGCUGCCGCUAUCGUUGGUCAUGACGGUAGCGUUUGGGCUCAGAGCGCCAACUUCCCUCAGUUCAAGGGACAGGAGUUCAGUGAUAUUAUGAAAGAUUUCGACGAACCGGGUCACUUGGCACCCACGGGAUUAUUCAUGGCAGGAGCAAAGUACAUGGUGAUCCAAGGUGAGCCCGGGGCUGUAAUCCGUGGCAAGAAGGGAGCAGGAGGCAUAACGAUAAAGAAAACAGGACAGUCAUGUGUGUUUGGGAUCUAUGAAGAGCCAGUGACACCAGGACAGUGCAACAUGGUCGUCGAGAGGUUGGGUGAUUACCUCCUCGAACAGGGUCUCUAGAAUCUUCUUACAAUGUUCCACCACCUACAUUUUUUUAUAAGGCCAUUGUUUCUCCUAUUUUUUUCCUUUGGGUGAUUUGCAUCUCUUUCUCUAAUUGAUAUUAUAAGUUUUGGGCUAAUGGACCUUCCUGGUUUCUCCCCAUAGCAAACUUUUAAGAAAGCUGAAGCCUAAAAGGCUUUUACUCUCUUUGCCUUGGUUUCUUAUUUAUAUGCAUGUUUUAGUUGUUUUCUC